CUAAUUUAUCUGUCACUGGCUGUCUGUCUUCGUCUUUCUCUAAAUUUUUUUGCUUUGCUCGUCUGCAUGAAAUGUAAUUUUGGUGAAUGCUUUGUGAUUUUUCUACAAAAACGAUAACGUGAAGUGUUCGUUAAAUGGUCUGUUACUGUUCAUCAUAGUUUCAAAAAGCUGCUAUUUGUAAGACAUGUCGCACAGAGAUUCGGGACCUAUCCCUAAUAGAUGGUUGAGGUGUCCACGAAAGGCCACUGGGCUGGUCGCUGGGAAGUUCCUGGCAUUCAAAACGCCUCUGGGGUCCAAUUUCAAUGAUAAGGUACCUGAAGGAAACCGCUUUACGCCAUCAAUGCUGUUUGAUUACAUGAAAACUUUGAAGGUAAAACUAGGGCUAUGGGUGGAUCUUACGAACACAACCAGAUUCUACAACAAGCAAGAAGUGGAGGAUAUGGGUUGCAAGUACGUCAAACUGCAGUGCCGUGGACAUGGGGAAACACCGUCACUUGACCAGACCAGAUUAUUCAUCCAACUUGUGAGCAGAUUCCUUACAAAUAAUCCUUUAGAGGUUAUUGGGGUGCACUGUACUCAUGGAUUCAACCGAACUGGCUUUCUACUAGUUUCAUACAUGGUAGAGCAGUUGGAUUGCAGCGUGGAGGCUGCUCUGAGUGAGUUCGCUAGACUCCGGCCUCCUGGAAUAUACAAACAAGAUUACCUAGAAGAAUUAUACAAACGCUACGAUGAUGCUGAAUUCACACCAGCUGCCCCUGCCAGACCUGAUUGGUGCAAUGAAGAAGAAGAAAUAGAUUAUGACGAUGAUGAUGACAAACCAUGCAAUUCACAAAGUAGUGCCCCAUCACAAAGUACAUCUGGGCACAAUAACAAACCCAAGAAGGGCAGACGGGAGACCACUCACAAAAAGUCAACAUUCAUGCCCGGGGUUCGUGGAGUGGAACCGUUCAAUGCUCAGCCUCGGCUCAGUGAAGUCCAGAAGAAAGCCCAAGAGUUCUGCGAGUGGAAGAGCACAGGAUUCCCCGGCUCUCAGCCGGUGUCCAUGGAUGUUAUGAACUUAAAGAAGCUACAUCAGAAACCUUAUAGGGUGUCGUGGAAAGCAGACGGAGUUAGAUAUAUGAUGUUAAUAGACGGCGAAGGAGAAGUGUACAUGUUAGACAGAGAUAACUGCGUAUUUAAAGUAUUUGGCUUAAGAUUCCUACAUAGGAAAGAUCUCAGAAGGCAUCUAAAGAAUACUCUACUUGAUGGGGAAAUGGUGAUAGACAAAGUUGAAGGUGAAGAAAUAUACAGAUAUUUAUGCUACGAUAUAGUAAAGUUUGAAGGACUAGACGUUGGCAAGAUGGCGUUCUUCCCUGUGAGAUUAAACUGUAUAGAGAACGAAAUUGUUAAACCUAGGCAUCAAGCCAUGAAAGAAGGCAUCAUAAAAAAAGAAAAGGAGCCCUUCAGUAUACGUUUAAAGCAGUUCUGGGAGCUUCCUAUGGCGCACCAGUUGCUUGGGGAGAAGUUCGCGAAGACACUCUCCCAUGAGCCUGAUGGGCUCAUCUUUCAACCGUCCAAGGAGCCGUAUGUCGCCGGGAGAUGCGACGAAGUAUUGAAAUGGAAACCAAGUAACAUGAACAGUGUAGAUUUCAAGCUGAAAAUCGUCACUCAAGGUGGACAGGGUAUGCUGCCUACAAAAGUCGGUCAUCUCUAUGUAGGCCAGAUGGAAACACCUUUCGCCUCGAUGAAAGUGACGAAAGACAUAAAGCACCUUAACAAUAAGAUAAUAGAGUGCACAUUCGAAGACAACAAGUGGGUAUAUAUGAGAGAGCGGACGGAUAAGUCGUAUCCGAACAGCUAUACUACCGCUAUGGCUGUGUGCGAGAGCAUCAAGGACCCGGUCACAACAGAGAUCUUACUGGACUUCAUAGACAACCACAGAUUCCACGACGACUCCGACAUCAUGCCUCCGCCCAAGCGCACGCGCCGAUAGCGACGCUCCACCAUAGAUAAUAUAAUGUAAAAUACAUUAUCCUACUUUUAAGCUCAUCGAUGUUGUUGAACAUAUUGCGAGAAUCUAUAUUAAAGUAAUAAUUAGUUUGAGAAUCUAGCUAGGAUAGUUAAGUGAAAUACAAAACUGACCAAAUUCGGAUUGUUUUAUGAAGACAUUUUACAAGCUUGCCUAUGA